UUUUUAAUUAAAGAAAGAAUAAGGACUAGAUUCAGUAUUCAGUGAAUAGACUAAAUUCGUUUAAUUUAUUGGACUAAAUUACCAUUUUGAAAAUAUAUGACUAAGUUUGUCGACCCUUAUAAUUUGAAGAAUAUUAAUUUGAAAAAAGAAAAUGUUUUGCUUUUUUGUUUGCUUAUUUGAUUGACUCAAAUCAACGCAACCCAACGCUACAUUGUUGAGUUGUUUGAGGAAACGAAAGAUUCGGAACGCUAUAUUUCCUCCUUCUUCCACCGAUCACUCAUCUCUUUCCAAUUAUGGCAAACGCAGCGUCGGGUAUGGCGGUUCAUGAUGACUGCAAGUUGAGGUUUUUGGAGCUCAAAGCAAAAAGGACACACAGGUUCAUAAUUUAUAAGAUUGAAGAGAAUCAGAAACAAGUCAUUGUGGAGAAGCUUGGUGAGCCUAUCCAAGGCUAUGAAGAUUUCGCUGCUUGCCUUCCUGCUUUCCCUGCCAAUCUUCCUGCUGACGAGUGUCGAUAUGCUGUUUAUGAUUUUGAGUUUUUGACAGAAGGCAAUGUCCCCAAAAGCAGGAUUUUCUUCAUUGCAUGGUCUCCCGACACGUCAAGGGUCAGAAACAAGAUGAUUUAUGCAAGCUCCAAAGAUAGGUUCAAGAGAGAGCUAGAUGGUAUUCAAAUAGAAUUGCAAGCAACUGAUCCUACUGAGAUUGGUCUUGAUGUGUUCAAAACCCGUGCCAACUAAAGAUCUCCGAGAGCGGCCUUGGUGCUGGGGUGAGCCCCCUAAUGCUUUGUUAUGUUUAUGGAAAUUUCUAGUUUGUGGAAUGGUCAUAAUAUCGCAUGAUUUGUGAUUUAUGCCUCCUUUAUGUUGGAGUGGCAUUUUAGUCCUAUACUUAUCAGUUGAAUUUGGAACUGUUUUUGUGUGAUGAUUAAACAAAAAACUGGGGUCCUGUUUUUUACUUCAAAGGGGUAUUAUAUCCUUUUUUGUAUGAAUAGGAUAGGAAAAGAAAGCCCACCUAUUAUUAUUACUUACAACAUUUAUUUUUUUGUUUGGUGUUAUGAUAUCUUAUUCUAUUGGUUGGUUAUUACU